AUGAUACGCGAUCCGACUGGGGGUGGGACUUUGCCAUCGCGCGCCAUUCUCAUCACCAACCCACACUUCACCCCAGCGCUCCUCUUUGUGCCCGCCCCCGACUGCCGGCUCCGACCCAUCGGCACUCUCCAGCGCAGCAAGCAGCAGGUUCCGAAAGAUUCCCGGCCUUUGCCCAGGUCGGACGUCGUCCGCCCAUAUGAAACCUCGCGUUGUGGGCAUCGCGACCCAGAAAGUUGGGGGGCAACCGAGGAUGACGUCCCUGCUGGACAGCAGCAGCGUGGCUUUGGCUUGUGCGUGGGUGUGGGAGGUGGUUCGUCUCCUGGCGACGCCGGCCGUCGAAGGACUGGCUGCCUGCCCCUGUUCCCGGCCGCCGCCGCCAGCGCCAGCGCCAGAGACACGCGCUAA